AUGCCGUUGGUAAUAUUUGCGGGAUUUCCUAGUUCAGGGAAAACGACAUGGGCCACGGAACUCAGAAAUGUGUUAGAAGAGAGGAUUAAUGCUGCGAAGCAAAGCUCUGAGCCGGGAUAUAACUAUACAAUUACAUAUCACUCAGAUCAAACAUUGGGAAUCGGCCAUGAUACAUACGAGGACUCAAAUCAGGAGAAGUUAGCAAGAGGAUCUCAGAUUUCUGCAGUAAAGAGAGAUAUAUCAAAGAACAACAUUGUGAUUCUUGAUUCCAUGGCGUACAUUAAGGGCUUCCGCUAUCAAUUGUAUUGUGAAUCAAAGGGUAUGGCAACACCUCAUUGCGUAAUCCAAGUAACGGCUCCCAUUGAGCAAUGUCUUGAGUGGAACGCGAAACUCUCGCAAGAGGACCAAUGGAAACCUGAAUUGAUGAAACAGUUGCUGAUGCGGUACGAAGAACCCAACAGGAAUACCAGAUGGGACUCUCCAUUGUUUGAGGUUUUAUCCGGCGAGCCAGACGAAAAGCUACCCAUCGAUGAUAUUUGGAAUGCCUUGGUUUUGAAGAAUGCACCAACACCUAAUGCUGCUACCACAAUACAAUCAACAUCGAACAACUCGUUUCUUCAGGAAUUGGAUAGGAAAACACACGAGGUUGUCUCACAAAUUCUUCAACAACAACAGCUUACAAACGGUGCUGUUGCUGUGAAUGAGUAUGUGGUUGAAAUACCCACAGGUACCGUCAGUACCGCUCAACUACAAAGAAUAAGAAGAUCAUUCAUCAGCCUCAAUAGAAUGAGAACGAUCGAAGUCGAUCGAAUAGUCCCUUUGUUUGUCGAAUAUAUAAAUAGAAGUCUAAAUAAUGAUGAUUAA